GAAGCUGUCAAUAAAGUUUACAGGUACACGUCACUGUCAUGGCCGCCGCUGACAGCUGCAGCUGGUUUCCAGUUUUAUCUUUGGCUGUUUCUCUCCUCAAAUGUCUGUUUAUCAACGCAUAUCAUUCCACAGACUUCGAGGUGCACAGGAACUGGUUGGCCAUCACACACAGUCUGCCGGUGUCCAGGUGGUACCAUGAGAACACGUCCGAGUGGACGUUGGACUACCCUCCGCUGUUCGCUUGGUUCGAGUUCGGUCUGUCCCACGUGGCUCAGCACUUCGACAGAAACAUGCUGGUGGUGGAGAACCUGAACUACGCCAGCCCGUCGACGGUCCUCUUCCAGAGGCUGUCGGUCAUCUUCACCGAUCUGGUUUUCAUCUACGCUGUCAGAGAGUGCUGCAGGUGCGUUCAGGAGCAGAAAGGCUCUCGGGACGUUCUGAACCGCCCGUCCUUCGUCCUGGCUGUUCUGCUGCUCUGGAACUUCGGCCUCCUCAUCGUCGACCAUAUUCAUUUCCAGUAUAACGGCUUCCUGUUUGGUUUCCUGCUGCUGUCGGUGGCGAAACACCUGCAGUCUCGUCACCUGCAGGGGGCGCUGCUGUUCUCCAUCCUGCUCAACCUGAAGCACAUCUACCUGUACGUGGCUCCGGCCUACGGCAUCUACCUGCUGAGGAGCUACUGCUUCACUCAGGACAACAAAGACGGUUCCGUCCGGUGGAGGAGUUUCAGUCCGCUCCGUCUGCUGGCUCUGGGCGGCAUCGUGGCCUCCGUCUGCGCUCUCUCCUUCGGCCCCUUCAUUGCCAUGGGUCAGCUCCCUCAGGUCCUGUCCCGUCUCUUCCCCUUCAAGCGGGGCCUCUGUCACGCCUACUGGGCCCCAAACAUCUGGGCUCUCUACAACAUGCUGGACAAAAGCCUGGCGGUGCUCGGUGUUCGUCUGAAGCUGCUGGAGGAGACGGACCUUCCUCGAGCCUCCAUGACGGGCGGGUUGGUUCAGGAGUUUCAGCACUCGGUCCUCCCCUCCGUCACUCCCUCCAUCACACUCGUCUGCACUCUGCUGUCCAUCCUGCCGGCGGUGGCGUCCAUCUGGCGGCGUCCUCGCGGUGCUCGUGGUUUCCUGCGCUGCCUGCUGCUCUGCGCUCUGGGCUCCUUCAUGUUCGGCUGGCACGUCCACGAGAAGGCCAUCCUCCUCGCCAUCCUGCCUCUCAGCAUCCUGGCGGUCGAGAGCAGAGAGGAUGCUGGGAUCUUCCUGGUUCUGACCACCACCGGUCAUUACUCGCUGUUCCCGCUGCUUUUCACCCCCGAAGAGCUGCCCAUCAAAGUGGUUCUGAUGCUGAUGUUUACCAUCUACUCGUUCACGGCUCUGAGGAAGCUUCACAGCGGUCAGGGCUCUCUGCUCCGUCCUCUGGAGUCCGUCUACCUGCUGGGGCUGCUCGCCAUGGCGGUCGCCUGCGAGGUCGUCUUCCCCCUGUCGCCGUGGCAACAGAAGCUGCCCUUCCUCCCCCUGCUGGCCACCUCGGCGUACUGCUCCGUGGGCGUGUGCCACUCCUUCCUGCGUCUGUACGUCAGCCUGCUGAGGCAGGAGGAGAAACCCAAACAGCUGUGAGAGGUCAAAGGUUAGAAAACACACCUACAUCCCCUCCUGAACACGUGCCGCUGAGCAACGCACCCAGACGCUGAUCAAUCAGUCAGGAGGAGGAGCUUCCAAUCACUCUGUCUUCUUCUUCUUCUUCUUCUUCUUCUGGAUUAUUGACCAAACACAGACCACAUGACAACAACAUCCACCGUAAGCACCGGUUCUGGUGUCGGACUCAACCGGCGAGCUCUUUUGUUCUUACAUUUGUCGACACUUUGGUCUUCAGGCUCAGAUUGUGUUGCUAACAUGAUCUAUACAGAACCCUGUUGGACUGCAUCAUGAUCAAUACAAGACAAAAACAAACAAUCCUCAACUAGUUAGUUCGGGCAAUAACAGCACGAUCAAAGUUACAAUAACAUCAUGUUUUAUACAGGGCUGUUAAAUGUUAACGUGAUAACACGUUAAUUGUUUUAACGCCACCAAUUUCUUUAAUGCAUUAACGCAACUUGUUUAUAGGUUGUAGCAGUUCAGUUUUAAAGCUAGAGUGAAGAUCCUGGUAUCAUAUGAAACUAGAAAACCUGAUGAAUC